AUGUUGAAGUUAAUUAUUUAUAUUUCUAUUUGUUUCGGAUCUGUUUUAAUAUCGACGGCAAAUCAAAGAGAUUGGAAUAACUCACCGAAUCCCACUGUUUUUAAUAUUGGGGGUGUGCUCAGCAGCAAUGAGAGCGAAAAAUAUUUCCAAGAAACUAUCGCUCACUUAAAUUUUGACUCCCAAUAUGUCCCAAAAGGGGUCACGUACUAUCACACGGCGAUAUUGAUGGACCCAAAUCCAAUUCGCACAGCUUUGAACGUUUGCAAAUAUUUAAUAUCUAGAAAGGUAUAUGCAGUAGUUGUAUCACAUCCAGUUACAGGGGACUUAUCACCUGCCGCAGUAUCUUAUACCAGUGGAUUUUAUCACAUUCCAGUCAUUGGAAUAUCAUCCAGAGAUUCGGCAUUUUCUGACAAAAACAUCCAUGUGUCUUUUUUGAGAACUGUUCCGCCAUAUUCCCAUCAAGCCGACGUGUGGGUGGAAAUGCUGAAGCAUUUCAAAUACAAAAAAGUCAUAUUUAUUCAUAGUUCAGAUACUGAUGGACGUGCUUUAUUGGGAAGAUUCCAAACUACUUCUCAAAGCUUAGAAGACGAUGUGGACAUAAAAGUACAGGUGGAAUCAGUAAUCGAAUUUGAAUUAGGACUGGACAGUUUUAAAGAUCAAUUAUUGGAAUUGAAAAAUGCACAAUCUCGUGUUUAUUUAUUGUAUGCUAGCAAACACGAUGCAAAAGUGAUAUUCAGAGAUGCUGCACUAUUUAAUAUGACAGACGCUGGUUUUGCCUGGAUAGUCACAGAACAAGCACUCGAAGCUGACAAUGUCCCAGAAGGAAUUUUAGGAUUGAAACUCGUCAAUGCGACAAACGAAAAAGCUCAUAUUAGAGAUAGCAUAUACGUACUGGCUUCUGCACUGAGAGACAUGAACCAAUCUAAAGAAAUAUCAGAAGCUCCAGAAGACUGCGAUAAUUCUGGAUCCAUAUGGGAAACAGGGAAGGAUUUGUUUAAUUUUAUCAGGAAACAAGUUUUAUUGAACGGCGAAACUGGCAAAGUUGCCUUUGACGAUCAAGGCGAUAGAAUUAAUUCAGAAUAUAAUAUGGUUAACAUACAAAGAAAGAAGAAAAAGGUCGUUGUUGGAAAAUAUUUCUUCAGUAAGGACCUAAAUAGAAUGAAUUUAAAAGUGGACGAAAACAGUAUCAUGUGGCCAGGAAAACAAAAAGAAAAACCAGAAGGAAUCGAAAUUCCUACGCAUCUAAAGGUCUUAACUAUUGAAGAAAAGCCGUUUGUGUAUGUAAGAAAAUUGGUCGAAAUCCAAGACAGCUGCACCCCUGACGAGAUAGAGUGUCCACAUUACAACACAACGGAUGAAACUUCCAACAUUUACUGCUGUAAAGGUUACUGCAUGGACUUACUCAAAGAGCUCUCAAAGAAAAUCAACUUUACUUACAGUCUAGCUUUAUCCCCUGACGGUCAAUUUGGAAACUAUUUAAUAAGAAAUAAUUCCGGCAGUGGAAAGAAAGAAUGGACUGGAUUGAUAGGAGAGUUGGUAGCUGAUAGAGCAGCAAUGAUAGUCGCUCCCUUAACUAUUAAUCCAGAGCGAGCAGAGUUUAUAGAAUUUAGUAAACCGUUCAAGUACCAAGGGAUUACUAUUUUAGAAAAGAAACCAUCAAGAUCAUCAACUUUGGUAUCGUUCUUGCAACCGUUUAGCAACACAUUAUGGAUUUUGGUAAUGGUUUCGGUACAUGUAGUGGCACUGGUGCUAUACCUUUUAGACCGCUUUUCGCCAUUUGGACGCUUCAAACUUGCCAAUACUGAUGGUACCGAAGAAGAUGCCUUAAACCUCUCCAGCGCCAUUUGGUUCGCUUGGGGAGUUCUCCUCAACAGCGGUAUAGGAGAAGGAACGCCUCGAAGUUUUUCAGCUAGAGUUUUAGGAAUGGUAUGGGCAGGCUUUGCGAUGAUCAUCGUAGCUUCGUACACAGCUAAUUUAGCUGCUUUCCUAGUGUUGGAGAGGCCCAAAACGAAACUGACUGGAAUAAAUGACGCCAGACUGAGAAAUACUAUGGAGAAUUUGACUUGUGCUACAGUAAAGGGGUCUGCAGUAGAUAUGUAUUUUAGGAGGCAAGUGGAGCUGUCGAAUAUGUAUAGAACUAUGGAAGCCAAUAAUUAUGACACUGCUGAAAUUGCCAUUAAAGAUGUUAAGGAAGGGAAACUCAUGGCGUUCAUAUGGGACAGUUCCAGAUUGGAAUUCGAAGCAGCUCAAGAUUGCGAACUGGUGACUGCUGGAGAACUUUUUGGACGAUCUGGAUAUGGAAUCGGUUUACAAAAAGGAUCGCCUUGGUCUGAUGACGUCACUUUAGCUAUACUUGAUUUUCAUGAAAGUGGUUUUAUGGAAAGUUUAGACAAUAAAUGGAUUUUGCAAGGCAAUUAUCAGCAAUGCGAACAAUUUGAAAAAACGCCGAACACCCUGGGAUUGAAAAACAUGGCGGGGGUUUUCAUAUUAGUGGGGGCCGGUAUAGUUGGUGGGAUUGGACUGAUAGUGAUAGAAAUGGCGUAUAAGAAGCAUCAGAUUAAAAAACAGAAACGGAUGGAAUUAGCGAGGCAUGCUGCUGAUAAAUGGAGGGGUGCUGUAGAGAAACGUAAAACGCUCAGAGCUUCGACCAACACUCAAAGAAGAAUCAAAUCGAACGGAGUCAACGAAGCGGUCACCAUUUCUGGCGUUUUCGAUAAAUUCCAACGGAUAGGUCAAUUGCACGGUCAAGAAAGAACUUGGCCGGGCGACGCUGACAUCCGGCAAAGAAGAAUCGACGAUGUCAGCGGAGGAGGGGUACAGCCGGUACCGCGGUAUUUACCAUCGUAUACACAAGAUGUGUCGCAUUUAAUUGUUUAG